AUGGAUAGCUCCAAACUUGGAAGGAUGCCGAAAUUCCGGUCCAGCACUGCCACAGCUAUCCCCAUGGCCAUCGUCGCAGCUCCUGAGGAAGAUGGAACACAAGUUGAAUGCAAAUUAUGGAAGCAGAUGCACAAGUCGUCGCAGUCGAUGGGUGCAGCAGGGUUUAAGGAAGCGUUCAAACUGUUCUGUGACAGAACUUUGAAGGUUUCCGUAUAUGAAUUUGGCGGAAAAACAAGAGUAAAUCUGGAAACUUUACAGGUAGGAGUGCAAGAAUUGACAGAAGAGUUUUUGAAGUUGAAAAUGAAAACGCAAGCCAUCGAGGUGUAUUGUAUCGACGCAACACGAGUUAUAUUAACAUGGCCCGCUGGCUUUUGCGACUAUAUUCAUGCAAACUGGGUCGAUGGAGUAGAAAGAAAAAAGAAAUUCAUUUGCACACAAGGGCCCAUCGACAAAACGGUUGACGAUUUUUGGAGAAUGAUAUGGCAGGAGAAGUGUAAAAGUAUAAUAAUGUUAUGCAAUGUGAUGGAACGAGGCAAACAAAAGUGCGAGCAAUACUGGCCACUUACACCCAAUGAGCCGAUGAGACUUCGAAGUGGACUGACAUUAAGGUUUGUCUCAAUGGAUGCAGUAGAAAAAAGCGUAAAGCUAACAAAAAUUCUAUUAACAACUUCGAGCGGAGCACAACACAUGGUCGAGCACUUUCACUGGACUGAUUGGCCUGAUCGAGGAGUGCCCAACACAACUACGCUCGCGAUUUUUCGAAUGCUUUGUAGGGUAAAUCGCUUGAUACCAUGUGUUGUGCACUGUUCUGCUGGAAUUGGACGGACAGGGACGGUAGUUGGCAUUGACAUGCUUUAUCGCAAGCUAGAAAGAGGCGAUAAAGACGUGAGUGGACCUCCCAUCUAUGAAAGAACGAUAUUUAAGCUGUUUCAGGCAUCACUUCUUCAAGUAGUUGAAGAUUUGCGAGAAAUGAGACAUGGAGCUGUACAAAUGGAUGCGCAAUUUCUCUAUAUGCAUCGCAUUCUACUCGUAGUAGCAGAAAAUCUUAAUAUUAUCACUCCAGAAGAAACACAGAAAUUCAACCAAGACUACGAUAAUUUCCUUAAAAAAUGCGGUUUCCUCUAA